GGUCAAAUGUGGGAGGGAGCUCUGCGUUUCCUGUACCGCUACAUUGUAACUGAUCAUCAAAUUACACAAUGUAAAUCCAAAUCGGAACAUUAUUUUCAAACGCAGAACAUAUCAUUCAUGUCAUAUCCAUCACCUGGAAUACCGGGUGGCAAUUAACCAACGAAUACAUGAUUUGCGGUCUAAAUAUCAGGCGCUGUCACAUUGACAGCGGUAGGAUAUCCGGAAGACUUGAGGGAGGUUUGCGCGAGCCAUUGCGGUGUUGACGACCCGCCUCCAAGGUGACAUACAUCCAAUCACAGACUAGCAUGGGAGAAGAUGGACAUUCCAGCUGCCAAUCAGAGCUACGGAUAUGGCGGGCAGCCCGGGGUGUGUCAUAAUGGCUGGUCAGCAACCACACCCCCGACCGGUCUUGGAUGUACCGCUGCCCAAGGACUCUCCAGUGACCCUCUACCCAGCUUACAGGGUCUGAACCUGGGCCCAGCCUCACACCAGAGUCCCUCUAAUAACAUCCCUCAAUCCAUGGCUCAGUUACAGUACUCACACCAGGGCUGUCUCAGCAGUCUUCCUACGCCCCCAUUUAGGAACCAAUCACCUUCAGCUCUUAGACCAUGCCUGAAUCAAGAGCCUCACAUACCACAUGUACACAUGGGUAAUUAUAUUUCCUACAACAUUCCUCCACCAUCAACACUCCUCACUCUGAAACAAGGUCCGCCAGCUAGUGGGCCUCCAUCCACGAUACCGUCUUCAAACCAGGGUCCCCAGAAUACUGUCUCUCCUUCAGUCUCUUCCUCUCCUCCAUAUCCUCCAUAUCCGUCUUCAAACCAGGGUCCCCAGAAUACUGUCUCUCCUUCAGUCUCUUCCUCUCCUCCAUAUCCGUAUGCAAACCAAGGCUUUGUGAAUGGCCCUGCAGUGACGUUAACAAGUCCAAACCAAGGCUUUGUGAAUGGCCCUACUGUGAUGUUAACAAGUCCAAACCAAGGAUUUGUGAAUGGCCCUGCAGUGACGUUAACAAGUCCAAACCAAGGCUUUGUGAAUGGCCCUCCUGUGAUGUUAACAAGUCCAAACCAAGGCUUUGUGAAUGGCCCUGCAGUGACGUUGACAAGUCCAAACCAAGGCUUUGUGAAUGGCCCUCCUGUGAUGUUGACAAGUCCAAACCAAGGCUUUGUGAAUGGCCCUGCAGUGACGUUGACAAGUCCAAACCAAGGCUUUGUGAAUGGCCCUCCUGUGAUGUUGACAAGUCCAAACCAAGGCUUUGUGAAUGGCCCUGCAGUGACGUUGACAAGUCCAAACCAAGGACCUCCCAACAGCAGUUUUUCCUCCAUGUCACCAUGUGGAAGCCAGAGCCAACAGUGUUCACACCCGUAUCCUCCACAACUCACCUCACCAGUCCAGCAGCAACCUCAAUGGACCCUGCCUCAGCAACACUAUAGUCACAGUGGUGUAAUGUACAAGCCUGGUGCCACCUCACAUCCUGUACAGGAGGGUACCACCAUGCAACCGUCCUGUCCGUCUCUGGGGGACAGUGGGAUGUCCGGCCCCAGCUCACCUAUCUCGGAGUCACGCUAUGGCCUACACCCUCAGCUUCUACCCAGCGCUGUGCGUAUGAUGGAGGAGGACAGGACAGCGUGGGAGGGGAAGGUGUUUGUGUCUGAACCCAUCUCCUCUCUACCUCCGCUGGCUACCACAGACUGUGUCAUGGAGGACAAAGGUAACUGCAGUCCUCGGUUCAUCCUUUCUACCUCCUACUGCGUUCCGUGUGAUGGCCAGACGGCCCUCCAGAGCCACCUACCCCUGGGGGCCCUAGUCAGCCCUCUGGCUAAGCUACACACAGGAGAGCGCCCCCUGUCUGUGUGUAUGGAGGCAGACACUGUAAAGGGCUGUGGGGAGUGUGGGGCUUACAUGUGUUCAGCUAUGGGAUGGCAGGACUGUGGACAGAGAUUCUACUGCCCAUUCUGUGGGAAACUCCGUGAAGUUGGAUGGCAGCAUUACCAGCCAACACAGGGAGUAGAGGGGAACAGAGUGGACAGAGAGCAGAGACCUGAGCUCAGUCUGGGCUCCUAUGAGAUACUGGACAGUCAACAGGAUGUGUCUGCUGCUGUGUUGCUCCUGGCUGUGGAUGUGUCUGCUGCAGCACUGAGAGGAGGACACCUGGAGCUCAUCAGUCAGCAGCUACGUUCUCUACUCACAUCGCUAAAUAGGGAGGAAGGUGCGUUCCAAUCAGAUGUCCGUGUGGGGUUGAUGACCUAUGACAGCCGGAUCCACCUCUAUGACCUCAGCCCUGCCCUGUCCCGCCCACACAUGCUGGUCGUCACGGAGACGGAGGACCUGCAGCUUCCUGUGAGGGAGGGGCUUCUGGUUCCACUCAAAGACUGCAUAGACAGUAUCAACAGUGUUCUGCAGCGUAUCCCUCUGUUCAGUGCAGAGUGUGAGGAGGCCAGUGGAGUUCUCCUGGAGCUGCCUGUCAAGGCUGGACUGGCCGUUCUACAGGAGUUGGGUUGUCCUGGCAAGCUGCUGGUCUUCCAAACUGCUCCCUUCACCGAGGGGACACACACACACAACUCCUCGAGCUUCUUCAGCUCCAACAAACCAAAGUCUCUGUUUCAGCCUCCGGACCCUGCUGUCUCAUUGGCUAAGGAGUGUGUCAGUCAGGGCUGUGGCGUGCACCUGUUUGUGUUCUCCCAGCAGGAUGUGGGCGGGGCUUGGCCGGGACAUGUUCCUUACCUGACAGGUGGAGAGCUGCACUGCUACCACAGUCUCCAGGGAGAGUUGGACAGGGAGCGUUUCAGCAGUGACCUGAGGAGGACUGUAGAGACAGAGACGGGCUAUAGGGCCACACUCAGGGUACAUGUCAGUAAAGAUCUGCGCGUGUCAGGGUGUUAUGGCUCGUUCGUCCCCGGGCCCAACCCCGCCCACGUCACCAUGGCAACCCUUGCUGAUUGGCGGUCUUUGCCAAGCUCUGAAGCUUUACUACAUGUUGAUGAUAUUGUUACCCUUUCAUUCUCUCCUCAGACGGUCCUGUCCUACACCAGCCAGCAGGGAGAGAGGAGGACCAGAGUCCACAGUCUGUCUCUGUGCUGCUCACACCACCUACUGGACACCUUCUGUAACUGCCAGGCCCAGACUCUGCUCACCUUCUACUGCAAGAAGAUGUACUGUGCCGUGUUGGAGCGCCCUCUACAGGAGCUGAGAGAGGAACUGCAGACAGAGGUGACAGAGUCCUUGGCCUGCUAUAGGAAACACUGCAGCUCCUCCUCUGUGUCCCCGGGACAGCUGGUCCUACCCCAGCACCUGAAGACCCUGCCAGUCUACCUCAACAGUCUGAGGAAGAGUGAAGUUCUGCUUCCCGGCCUCCGCAGUUCAGUACACCAACGCCUGCAGCUCCGCUGUCAAGUGGUCUCCAUGGAUACCAAGACCACAGCAGGACACUUCUACCCUCUGCUGCUACCACUGCCAGUAGGUGGCGAUACCUCCAGUCCUCUCAGCCUAAGGGAGGCUGUUCGCUGCACUGCUGCUAGCCUGGACCAUGGAGGUCUCUACCUGGUCCACGGACCCCUGGUUCUGCUACUCUGGGUGGGCCACAACGUCUCCAACACCUCCCUGGUCCAACUCUUCAACAUCACCUGUCUGUCCACACUACCCUCUGGAGAGACAAAGCUGCCUGUGCUGGACAACCCUCUGUCUGUUAGUGUGAGAUCACUCAUCAACACCCUGAAUUCACAGACACACUACACUCGCAAGCUGCGUGUGGUGAAGCAGGGGGACAGCUGUGAGGAGGCUCUACAGCGCCUCCUGGUAGAAGAUAAGAGUCCCAACGGGGGAGCGAGCUACGCUGACUUCCUGUACCACCUCCAUGUCAACUCUAUACAACUGCUGGUUCGUUAGUUGUAAAAUGGUUUGAACUGGAAACGCAAACGUGGGUUUCUUAUUGGACAAGUCCAGCUAAUCCCUCCCAUGUUUCACUCACCUUUUCUUGUGUUUGGUGCCUAAUGAACAUGACCCUGGUGUUUUCAGCAGUAUGGCCAGGUUUGUUUUUACAGAUCACCUCAACCACAUGUGAAUGAUCAUAUCCUUAUUUGACUUACAGUAUGCAACUGGCUGUUGUACUUGAGGUUCAUCAGCAAAUGGUGAUGUCUGUAUUUGUUUGACUGUUGUAGUAAUACCUUUUCAAAUCAAAUAACAUUUCAUUGGUCACAUACACGUGGUUAGCAGAUGUUAUUGCAAGUGUAGCGAAAUGCUUAUGCUUCUAGAUCUGGGAUAAGAAUAUAUACGUAUAAAAUGUAUGGAUGAGAAGUGACAGAGCGGCUAAGAUGCAAUAGACAGUAAAGAAUAGAUAGUGAAGGAAUCAGUAUAUACAUAUGAGAUGAGUGAUGCGAGAUAUGUGGCGUUAUUAAAGUGACUAGUGAUCCAUGUAUUAAAGUGGCCAAUGAUAUCAAGUCUGUAUGUAGACAGCAGCCUCUCUGUGCGAGUGAUGGCUGUUUAACAAUCUGAUGGCCUUGAGAUAUGUUUGACAUGUUUACGUUAAAGGUGUGUGUGUGUGUGUGUGUGUGUGUGGUGUAUAAACUGUUGACUACUGUUAUUUUCUCUUGACUGUUAGUAGUGUAGCUGACUGUCAGCAUCUCUCAUCUGGAUGAAGACAGAAGGGUUGAUAUGUUCAUUUAGUCCAUGACAACACUCUAAUCCCU